GUAGCUGACAUUGUAAUGGGACGGGUCCGAUCUGGAAUCUGAAGUAAUUGUCUAACGCGGCCGUUUUCGCUGAUAUUAUACCCGCUCCGAUAAACGCGCUGCACCGCUCUCCGUAACGAAAUGGCCUCAUCUGAUGUCGCUCGGCAUCCGGAUAAGGGUGCGCGGGCCCUUUCCCUGUCUGGUCAUGUGGGUUUCGACAGUCUCCCAGAUCAGCUGGUAAACAAGUCUACCUGCCAGGGCUUCUGCUUCAACAUCCUCUGCAUUGGUGAGACUGGUAUCGGUAAAUCCACGCUGAUGGACACUCUGUUCAACACCAACUUUGAGAACUUUGAGUCCUCCCAUUUUGAGCCAAAGGUGAAGCUGAGGGCCCAGACCUAUGACCUGCAAGAGACCAACGUGCGGCUUCGCCUCACUGUGGUGAACACAGUGGGUUUUGGUGACCAGAUGAAUAAACAGGAGAGCUACCAGCCGGUGGUGGACUAUAUUGACCGUCAGUUUGAGAGCUACCUGCAGGAGGAGCUGAAGAUCAAGCGCUCGCUUCACAAUUACCACGACUCGCGUGUCCACGCCUGCCUCUACUUCAUCUCCCCCUCGGGCCACUCCCUCAAGUCUCUGGACCUGGUCACUAUGAAGAAACUAGAUAGCAAGGUGAACAUCAUCCCAGUGAUAGCCAAGGCUGACACCAUCAGUAAGAGCGAGUUACACAAGUUCAAGAUCAAGAUCAUGAGCGAGCUGGUGAGCAACGGGGUUCAGAUCUACCAGUUUCCCCUGGACGACGAGACUGUGGCCAAGGUCAACACCACCAUGAACGGUCACCUGCCGUUCGCUGUGGUUGGCAGCACAGAGGAGGUGUGUGUCGGCAACAAAAUGGUGAAAGCUCGCCAGUACCCCUGGGGUGUGGUACAAGUGGAGAAUGAGAACCAUUGUGACUUUGUGAAGCUGAGGGAGAUGCUGAUCUGUGUCAACAUGGAAGACCUGCGGGAACAGACUCACACACGCCACUAUGAGCUCUAUAGACGCUGUAAACUGGAGGAGAUGGGCUUUAAAGACACCGACCCGGAGUGCAAACCUGUCAGCCUGCAGCAAACCUAUGAAGCCAAGCGGCAGGAGUUCCUGGGGGACCUGCAGAGGAGAGAGGAAGAGAUGAGACAGAUGUUUGUCCAGAGGGUGAAGGAGAAAGAAGCCGAGCUUAAAGACGCAGAGAGAGAGCUGCAGAGCCGUUUUGAGCAGCUGAAGCGGCUCCAUGCGGAGGAGAAGGCAACCCUUGAGGAGAAGAGGAGGCUCCUGGAGGAAGACCAGAGUUCCUUCAGCAAGCGACGUGCAGCAGCUCAACUUCUGCAGGCCCAGAGCCUCACAGCUAAUGGCAAGAAGGACAAGGACCGCAAAAACUCUGGCUUCAUGUGAAGACAUUGUGUCCCAAAGUACCUCCAGUAUGACCUAGCCUGGUACACAACUGCCGGCACCCGGCCCAGCAACAUCCUCUCAACGGCCAGUUUCUGAACACUAACCAGAAAAACAAUCUCACCAACCAGCAGUGUGUAUGUUUGUGCACCAAAGUUAAGUUAAUGUUUUCGCUUUACGGUGUCCCGAAACAUCAAAAAUCCUCUGUCCAUUUUGGUAUGAUGUUUGAUUUUCCUUUUUGUUGCGGUUUUAAACCUUUAUUUAGUAUCAUAUUUUUUAUAUUUAUCCAUUUUAUGUAAUUUUUCAUAUACCUCUUUUGAUUUUUGCCAGUUCUGAAGGGCAUCACGGUGACGUCGGUCCACAAAAUGCCGCUUGAAAUUUCCUUUAUAGAUCCCAAACAUAGAUUCCAGUACUUGGAUAGCUAUCAGAAGGAUAGUGGGUUUUACACAACAAGUCGGGAGCGUCCCUCUCUUUUGUUUACACGGCUAAUCCAAAGCUAAUAAGCUGAAGUGUAACCGAGAUGUGCCAGGAACGUUGUAUGUCUGUGAAUCAAUGCAAUAUAUACCGUACAAGAUGAGGGAGAGCCAGAUCUGGUCUGCAUGCUUUGUUUUGAUCUCUAGGAGUCAGAUAUUAAAUUCUCCUCCUGUACAUUAGAAUAAGGUUAAACUGUUAACCAAAUGUUCCACUGACUAGAUUUCACCUGUCAGUAAUUAUUGUUGUUGACGGGUAAGAAUGGGUUGUAGUCAGAGUGGAGCGGUCUCUAAAGAGUAAGCCAUGACACUAUUGUGCUAGUAUUCAAGAGGGUGACUUUUCGUAGCCAACUCCAACUGGUCCCAGUGCCUCCCCUAUGACUCCAAUACUAGUAUCUAAAAUGUGCAUGUGCCUUAUAUGUGUACAGCGUACCUACCUACACACACGAUUAUGCAGAAACUACCAUUUACAGCCAGGGAAACACAUCAGUGCCUAAUUCAUUGUAAUACUUUUCCAUGACACAUUUAAACUACUUUUAUGUAAAGAAUAAACGAUGUUAUUUGCGAUCAUUUCCUCAAUACCUAAAUAAAUCUUUGUAUUUUUG